AUGUCGUGCUUUGCUCUCCUCCUCUGCUUCCUAACCACCGCCCUCUCUGCCGCUCCUCCUUACCCGCCCACAGACCAAAUCCUCAUGUGUUGUGGCUCAGAGUCAAGUAUAAAAGAUGACAACGAACGUAGCUGGGACGAUGAUGCUCAUUCCAAGUAUGCACCACCAAACAUCGCUACCACGUCUAUAGCCUCUGCACCAACAGAACAAGUCUCUUCUGUCCUGAAUUCCGCCCCUUACACAAGAGCUCGUAUUUUCCAAUCCCAGUUCACCUACACUUUUCCAGUCCUGGCCGGACCCAAAUUUCUCCGCCUCUACUUUUUCUCUGCCACCUACUCCGGCCUUGAUAAAAACGUAUCCUUCAACAAAAAUGAAUCCUUCUUUACAGUCACUGCCAAUGAAUUCACACUUUUGAGCAAUUUCAAAAUUCCUUAUUUCCGAGACUACGUCACAUGGGUUAGUGAUGAUGGCCGCCACGGAGAGAGAAAGCUGAACCUUUCUUUGUUCCCAAACACUAUGCACCAUCCUUUGUACAACAAUGCGCUCUUAAAUGGCUUAGAAAUCUUCAAACUCAGUAAUUCUAGUCAUAGUCUUGCUGCAGCCAACCUUGAACCUAUUCUGAAUUCUUCGCCGCCAGGACCAGAUAUUAGUCAGCUUCAUGAUUUUUCGGCGCUGCCAAAGGGUGAAAGACUCGAGCACAAAUGCCCCGGAGUCAUCACGGGUCCCACCUUCGUCCACGUCAAAAUCAGCCACGAAGACCAGUGGUUCGGGUCCAUCCCUACUAUCUGA